CUCGAUAAACAUCGAUAUUAACUAUCGAUGAUUUGUCGUUGAAAUGUUUAGAAAUACGUGUGAUUCUAGUUUAGAUGAAGAGUGUGAAUAUCACAAUGUGAGGCGCAGAUACAAAAUGAUGAUAUUUAAAAAACCGUUCUAUUACGUCACAGACAAGAGGAGUCACUGUGGCGAGAACAGCACAGGAAUAGUACAGAAGAAGAUAGAAGAUAAUACUUCUGAAACUUCGGGAGGAGUCAAAGUUGAUAUAGAAGACAAAUCUCUACCGCUAGUGGAACCGCCGCUAGAGUCAUCAGAGAUCGGCCAUGCAGCGCAGUGUGGCUGCCCCAACUGUGACGAUGUGCUGUCCAGAUUCGCUGAGUGCAGUAUAUGUUUGGAACCCCUACAAUGCCGCGGCCCCUGCGUGUGUCCCGUCUGCGGCGGUAUGUGGUGCGACCGGUGUUCGCGCCGGAUGUCGCGGUGUGCGUGGUGCCGCACCUCGCUGCGCGCGCCCGCCGCUCCAUGCGUCGCGCUGCAACGCCUCGUCAGCGAACUGAUGCUGCCUUGUCGGAAUUAUAGACGCGGCUGCACGGAUCUCCUGACAGCGUCCAAUCGGGUCUCCCACGAGGAGGCGUGCAAGUUUGACGGCAUGAGUUGCCCCAUCUCAGCCAACUGCUCAACAGUGCUCUUCGACGAGAUCUCCUCCCAUCUCCAGUCCAAGCACAACGUCACAGCAGUCUACUCGCAGAAGAUAAGGAUACUCAUAGAAAACUUCGAGACGAAACUAAAGAAGACAGCGUCAUGUCGAACCAAAUACAAGAUAGUGCUCUUACACGACAAGAGCGCUUUCAUCAUCAAAGUAUCGAUAUACAAUUACCAUGUCAAAGUGGAAAUCAUGAGGAGGAAGCUAGGAUACUCCGCUGGUAAGAUUGAACCGGUGAAAAGCGAGUAUUGCGCCCUAGUGGAGUUCCAAAGCAAGAAGGUCUGUUCGAAAUCAGCAUUGGUUAUAGAGAACGGGACAUACAGUAAGAAAGCUGAGGCGCAGUGGACAGAUAGUAUUUUAGAAGCUAACAGCGACGAGUCCAUCACAAUACACGUAGCUUUAGGUCUAGCUGAUAGGUAACGAAAUUAGGGCAUCUACCACAAUUCAAAUGCAUGCAGUAGCCUUGCAAAUUGCAAAGUGAAACAGC